CAGCAUUAAAGUGACACUGGUGCCAGACUGGAUCCAGUUCAUAUUGAUCGAGAGUCGACAGACGGAGAUCGACGGGGACGACGAUGUUUGAAAAUGUCCCGGCAGUGUCGUCGGCGGAGCGUCAGCAGCUUGUGGCAGCUCUGGAGCGUCUGCAGGCCAAACUGGUCCAGAGGGAGGAGUGGACCCACAGCGAGCUGAUGGGGAACCUGAGAGAAACCCUGCAGAGUCCUCUGUUCAACCACAUCCUCACGCUGCAGCACUCCAUCAAACAGCUCCGACACCAGCUCAGCAGCAUGCCUCCUGACUCCUGCAGUGAGUUCAGUUUCUCUAAAAAGGGUCAGCUGAUCAUGAGCGCCGUUAGUCCGGCGAGCAGCUUGGCCCCGCCCCCUCUGAGCGCCUCCUCCUCCCUGCUGACCAAUGGCUCGUCUCCUCCCAGCCUGCAGGCUCCUCCCUCUCCUGACCUCCUCCUGCAGAAAUGGAUCCUCACCGCCGCCAAGGGCCGUCCCACGGACCUGGUCAGCCUGACUCGUCCUCUGUCCGGCGGUCUGGGCUUCAGCGUGGUCGGUCUGAACCCGGCAGGAAGCAGCAGUCAUGGCGUGUUCGUCAAACACAUCCAGCCCGGAGGAAUCGCUCACAGGGACGGGCGUCUGCAUGAGCGGGACCAGAUCCUGGUGAUCAACGGGAGUCCUCUGCAGCCGGGGAUCAGCCAGCAGGAGGCGCUGACGCUGCUGCAGCAGCCGGGGGAGGCCGUGGAGCUGGUGGUGGCCAGAGACCACGCCCUCAACGCAGCUUCAUCAUCAUCAUCAUCAUCGUUAGCGUCAUCACAAGCUGCCACCAACGCCAUCAGCACGGACCAGUGGGGUCACAUGGAGGAGAUCCAGCUGCAGAACGACGGUUCUGGUUUGGGUUUCGGCAUCGUUGGCGGCCGGACGAGCGGUGUGGUGGUCCGCACGCUGCUGCCCAACAGCGUGGCCCACAGGGACGGGCGUCUGCGUACAGGUGACCACAUCCUGCGCAUCGGGGCGACGCCCACCAGCGGGCUGAACAGCGACCAGGUGGUGAAGGUGCUGCAGGGCUGUGGGAGUCAUGUGACGCUGCUGGUGGCCAGAGAUCCCCGGGGUCAAAGGUCAGCGGCCCCGCCUCCACCGCCGCUGCCUCCUGACUCCGCCCCCGUCACCUCCUUACCCCCCCGACCGCCGAACCCGCCACAGCGCCGCCUCAGCAAGACGCCGAACCUGGAGGGAUACGAGAUCCACGAGGUUCCUCUGACCAAGAAGGACGGACAGAGUCUCGGCAUCUCCAUCAUCGGCUACAACCCGCUGACCAGCCAAGAUGCGGUGGGUGUGUUUGUGAAACACGUGGUUCCCGGCAGCGCCGCGGAUCAGAACGGAAACAUCAGAGUCCACGACCGACUGAUCGCUCUGGACGGCGUCAGUCUCCACGGUUUGACCAAUCAGGAGGUUCUGGAGGUGAUGAAGAAGACGAGUCAGACGGUCGUUCUGUCUGUGGUCCGCAAGAAGACCAGGACCCUGGAGAGGUCCCUGGACAAAGUGGAGAGGGAGUCGUCUCGUGUGUCUUUGAGGAGGUCUCUGGACGUCAAAACUCGCUCGUCUGGUUUUGGCUCGACGGCGCCGAAGCUCGAACCGCCGUACCCGAACUCAACACAGCUGACAAGAGCUACAGAUGCAGAACUGUGGGCUAAAUGGGAGCAGGCUCUGGGACCAAAGUACCAAGUUCUGGUUGUGAAGUUGGAUCCUGUCAUUGAAGACGAUGCAGAGCUGCAGAAAUCCUCAAAGCUGCUGCCGGUCCACACGGUGCGUCUCGGCGUGGAGCUGGACUCGUUCGACGGGCACCACUACAUCUCCUCCGUGGUCCCUGGAGGACCUGUAGACAAACACGGAGCCCUGAGACCAGAGGACGAGCUGCUGGAGGUGAACGAGGUGCAGCUCUACGGUAAGUCUCGUCGUGAGGUCGUCUCCUUCCUGAAGGAAGUUCCUCCUCCGUUCACUCUGGUCUGCUGCCGACACCCGACCUCUGACCUGGGACCAGAGUCUGAUCCUGAGUCUGAACCAGGACCUGGACCUCUGCUGCUGCUGGGACCAGGACCAGCACCAGGACCAGUGAGACAGCCACAGCCCAGCAUAGAGGAGAUGGAGCUGAAGCUGUCGUCGCUGCUCUGCAGGCAGACAGAACGGAGGGAGAGCGUCAGUGACAGACAGGAGCAGGUUUCCCCUGUGGAGGAGGUGCUGAAGGAGGAGAAGCAUCAAGCCUACCAGGAGGAGCAGGAGGAAGAGGAGGAGCAGGAGGAGCAGAGUGAAGCUGAAGGUGAAGAAGAGGAGGAGGAGGAGGAGGAGGAGCUGGCUCAGUGGUCUCCAGAUGUUCAGGUGUUGGAGCUGCAGAAGGAGAGAGACAAAGGGCUCGGCUUCAGCAUCCUCGACUACCAGGACCCUCUGGACCCGGGUCGCUGUGUGAUGGUGAUCCGGUCUCUGGUUCCCGGCGGUUCGGCGGAGCGCCACGGCGCGUUGCUCCCCGGAGACCAGCUGGUGUCGGUGAACCAGAACCAGCUGGACCUGCUGAGCCUCAGCCAGGCCGUGGAGGUCCUGAAGGCCGCCGCCCCCGGAGCCGUCCGCCUCGGCAUCAGGAAGCCCCUGGUGGUCCCGGUGGAGGCAGCAGAGAGGAGCAACACACAGCUGCCUGUUCCCAAGGGUUUUGGAGACGGCUCCAUCCUGCCAGAAGACCUCCGUCAGGACCAGGAGGAGCAGGAGGAGGAGGAGCCGGAGCUGAUCCUGGACGGAGGUCUGCCUCGCUACACCUCCUUCCCUCUGACCUCUGACCUCCUGCCAGAGGAGGAGGGCAGGGAGAUGGCCGUGGACGAGGAGGUGGAGGAAGAGAAGGAGGUGGUGGAGGAGGUGAAGGAGGAGGUGAAGAUGCAGCAGAGAGUGGAGGAGAGCGUGGGCUCCCUCCCCAGGAAACCUCCUCCGUCCUGGGAGGAGUGGAAGCUGAGCACCUCCAGCCGCAGCCGAGGAGCAGAGGAGGAGACUUGGAGCAGAGAGCAGCAGGAGGAGGAGGAGCAGGAGGAGGAGCAGCAGGAGGAGGAGGAAGAGCUGCAGAGAUCAGACCGUGACAGCAUCGUGUCGAUAGGAAACCUGAUUCUGGGUAUUCCAGACUCCAGAGACAGUGAAGCAGACUCUGAACUCACUCUGACCGACACCGACACAGAGUCCGUCAGGAUGAUUGACACGGCGAGGAGGAAGAGGCGGAGCCAGGGAGGAGCCUCUCUACCAAUCAGAGGAGGCCACGGGGAUCUUCCUGAGAGGGAGGAGGGGGAGGGGGAGGAGACUCCUGCCUUCAGUCACUGGGGACCCCCCCGCAGGGUGGAGGUGUGGCCUGAGGAGGGUCAGUCUCUGGGUCUGAGCAUCGUCGGGGGUCACCACGUCAUCAAGCGUCUGAGGAACGGAGAGGAGCUGAAGGGGAUCUUCAUCAAACAGGUCCUGAAGAACAGCGCCGCCGCCAAAACACAGAGUCUGAAGACCGGGGACAAGAUCCUGGAGGUGUCAGGUGUGGACCUGCGAGUGGCGAGUCACGAGGAGGCGGUCAACGCCAUCAAAUCGGCUCCGAGCCCCGUCGUCUUCGUCGUGCAGAGUCUGUCAGCGACUCCUCGGCCUGUGUCUCUAACACCUGCCAGCUACAAUACACACAGAGCAGCGAGGACAGAGUCUCCGACACCUGCUGCAGCCCCGCCCCCUCUGAGACAGCCCCCGCCCUACAGACCUCCCAACCAAUCAGAGCAGGAGCUGAACUCUGACCUGGAGCAGGCCAAAGAGCGGUGGUGUGAGCGUUAUGGCGAGCUGCGUGGCGAGCUGCUGUGCGUGGAGCUGGAGAAGGACCGGCAGAGUUUGGGUCUCAGCCUGGCGGGAAACAGGGACCGCUCCCGCCUCAGCAUCUUCGUGGUGGGACUCCACCCGGGAGGAGCGGCGGCUCGGGACGGACGCAUCCAGGUCGGAGACGAGCUGCUGGAGAUUAACAACCAGAUCCUCUAUGGGCGGAGCCACCAGAACGCCUCGGCCAUCAUUAAGAGCGCCGCCGCCAAGGUGAAACUCAUCCUGCUCAGAAAUGAGGACGCUAUAAACCAGAUGGCGGUGCCUCCCUUCUCCAGUCCUCCUCCUCCUCCUCCUCCUCUUCCUCCUGUCCUCAGCCCUGUGAGCCCCGAGUCUGUCCGUCCAGCUGCUGUCAGUGUCUCCGCCCCCCCAGACGGGCCCCGCCCCCCCGACAGCCUGACGCUCCACCCGGCAUCAGACACGCCGGACGAGACGAGUGAUGAAGCUGAACAGAACAACAGGAACAGAAGCAGAAGCAGCAACAGUAACAGCAGCAGCUACAGCGCCCCCAAGAGUCUGAGGGAGGGAGACGCCUCCUACAAGAGGCUGAAGGUUGCAGAGACUCCAGAAAACGAUCUCGAGGCUCCGAAGGCUCUGCUGGAGCAGCAGUCCUGCAGGUCUUCCAGUAAACACUCAGCAGCGUCUCCUCCUCUGAUCAGCCCCGACCUGCAGGCCGCCAACAGAGACCCGUCCUGCUGUGCGGUGGUUCCUGGUCAGGAGAUGCUGUUGGAGAUCUGUAAAGGUCGAUCAGGUCUGGGACUCAGUAUAGUGGGAGGAAGAGACACACAGCUGGACGCCAUCGUGAUCCACGAGGUUUAUGAAGAAGGAGCUGCAGCCAGAGACGGACGGCUGUGGGCCGGAGACCAGAUACUGGAGGUGAACGGCGUGGACCUGCGCGGUGCGUCCCACGAGGACGCCAUCGCCGCUCUGCGUCACACGCCGGCGAAGGUUCGUCUGACGGUUCUGAGGGACGAAGCUCAGUACAGAGACGAAGAAAACCUGGACGUCUUCAAGGUGGAACUGAUGAAGAGGAGCGGACGAGGGCUGGGACUGAGCAUCGUCGGGAAGAGGAGUGGCAGCGGGGUGUUUAUCUCUGAGGUGGUCAGAGGAGGCGCCGCUGAGCUGGACGGCCGUCUGAUGCAGGGAGAUCAGAUCCUGUCUGUCAACGGAGACGACACCAGACACGCCUCCCAGGAGACCGUGGCCGCCAUACUCAAGUGUGCUCGGGGUCCGGUCCUGUUGGAGCUCGGACGACUCAAAGCUGCUUCCUGGAUCUCAUCCAGACGCAACUCACGGGGAAGCCAGAUGAGUCAUGUGAGCGGGAACAGCUCGGGUCUCGUGGCUCCGCCCCUCAUGCACACCUCGACCUCAUGUGACCCCGUGACCUCCGACCCCCCGCCACUCAACAACAACAUGAAGUCCAGCAGUGACAUCACUUCCUGCUCCAACAGCACAGGGGUAGAAACUGGCGUCCGUACAGUGGAGAUCACACGGAGUGUCAGUGACUCCCUCGGAGUGAGUAUAGCGGGGGGGAAGGGCAGCCCACUGGGUGACAUCCCCAUCUUCAUCGCCAUGAUCCAGGCCAACGGGGUCGCCGCCAAGACGCACCGACUCAAGGUGGGCGACAGGAUCGUCAGUAUUAACAGUCAGUCAGUCGACGGUCUGUCUCACAGCGACGUCGUCACAAUGCUGAAGAACAGCUACGGAAACAUCAGCCUGCAGGUGGUGGCCGACACCAACAUCAGCGCCAUCGCUACUCAGGUGGAGAGUUUAUCCAGCAGCUGCAGCCUGACGACCAACACAGACACACACACAGCAGAACCAGAGGGCCCGCGGCCCCGCAGCAUCAGUCUGGAGAAAGGUUCGGAGGGUCUGGGUUUCAGCAUCGUUGGAGGUUUCGGGAGUCCUCACAGAGACCUGCCCAUCUACGUCAAGACCGUCUUCAGCAAGGGCGCGGCGGCGGUGGACGGCCGUCUGAAACGAGGCGAUCAGAUUCUGUCGGUGAACGGAGAGAGUCUGCAGGGAGCGACGCACGAGCAGGCGGUCGCCAUCCUGAAGAAACAGAGAGGAACCGUCACACUGGACGUCCUGUCCUAACACACACACACACACACACACACACACACACAGCUGCAUGCACACACACACACACACACACACACUUUGACUCUUGGACUACGAAUCAUCAUGAACUC